AUGGCAGAUGUGGCAGCUCUGGAGGCCGAGGUCAAGGAAUUCAAGCUACAGCUUGAAACCGUUCAAUCGAGUUUGCAGGUAGACCCAGAUAACACGGAACUACAAAGUCUCAAGGCUGAGCUGGAAGAACUUAUAACCCUCACGGAAACGUCUAUCGCCGAGUUGAAACCGGCCGCUCCGCCUUCCUCCAAACCGUCCCCUCCCAUCAAAGAGAAAGGCUUCAGGGAGUCACAGGCCCCCUUUCAGUCAGGGUAUCGUAAGCCAGUGGUGGAACAGACUGAUGAAGCAUCGACCCCGGCCUCGUUUUCCGUUAAUGAUCACGUUCUCGCUCGUUGGGCCUCGGGCGAUAAUUCCUUCUACCCUGCCCGCAUCACCUCUAUUACCGGCUCUUCCAGCAACCCCGUCUACCUUGUCUCCUUCAAAUCAUACAGCACGGUGGAAUCUCUAACCGCAAAGGAUCUCCGGCCCGUUUCCGGCAAUGACUCGCGCAAGCGCAAAGCUGAUGGAAACUCAGGCAGCUCCACACCCAGACCUCCCACCCCUCAGCCCCCACACUCGAGUGUGAUUUCGGCGGCGGCGGAUAUCAACCCCACAUUAGCCAAUCAGGCCCGCAAGGAGCCCAGUAAAGCUGGCGAUGGACCAGCACGACCUGCGAAGGUGCCCAGGAAGGUCAAAGCCACACGGGAGCUGGAGGCGGGCAAAAUGAAGUGGAAGGACUUUGCUAGUAAGGGUAAAUUGGGACGCAAGGAGAGCAUGUUCCGUACCGGUGACAGUAUAAAUGCGCGGGUGGGCUUCACCGGAUCUGGCCAGCAGAUGCGGAAAGACCCAUCCAGGACCCGACAUGUCUACCAACAAGGGGAGGACGAGGGGUAUUAA